GGGGCGGGGCUGGCGGGCGGGCGAUGGCGGAGCUGAGCGCGGUGCCGGACGUGGACAUUGACGCGGACGGCGUCUUCAAGUACGUGCUGAUCCGCGUGCGGCCCCCGGGCGGCGCCGCCAAGGACGUGGUGCGGGGCUACGGCUGGGCCGAGUACCACGCCGACAUCUACGAGCACGCGGCCGCAGAGCUGGAGCCGCGCGGCUUCAAGUGCGAGUGCCUGGGCGGCGGCCGCAUCGCUCACCGCAGCGCCGAGCGCCGGAUCCACGUCUACGGCUACUCGGUGGGCUUUGGUCGUGCAAAACACUCCAUGUCUACAGAGAAGCUGAAAGCCAAGUACCCCGACUAUGAGGUUACCUGGGCCGAUGAGGGCUAUUGACAUGGCCGUGUCUGGCAGCAGCAGUGCUGAAACUGGAGCUGACCUUUCCACUUCCCUGCCCUGAGGCUCACUGGGCUCUGCUGCCUUGCCUUGGGUUGGAGCCCUCAUUUUUAAUGAAGCUCCAUGCUCUUGGGAAGCUUCUGGUGGGAGGGAGCUGAAUCUGGUGCAUGGGGAAGUUGUGGGCCUCCAGGUCCUUCAGAUCUAUGGAUCUAUGCAUUGUCUUAGUGCCAUUGACUUGCAUGGUUACAGGAUUUUAUCCUCAGUGUUGACUGUGAGAAUUAAAACAUAUGGAGAGACCAUUCA